AUGACCUCUUACAUGACCUCUUACGCAGAGGGGAUUCAAGACUUCCAGCAAGAGCUCAUCUGCUCCAUCUGCAUGGAGUACUUCACAAACCCAGUGUCCAUUGAGUGUGGCCACAGUUUUUGCCAUGGUUGCCUCCUCAGGUACUGGCGGGGAGACUCUCCCCCUUUCUUCUGCCCAGAGUGCAGGAGCGGCACCUCGCGGAGGGAUUUCAAAGCCAACGUGCGACUUGGGAAACUGGCAGUCAUUGCCAAAAAAGUAAGACCCGAUUGUUCGCAGUACUCUGAAAGAUGUGCCAAGUGUGAGGUACAUCAGAAAAUGCACAAGCUGUUCUGUGAAGAUGAGCGGCGCCCAGUCUGCGUGUACUGUUCUCAAUCCCAGAAGCAUGAGGCUCAUAUUCUCCGUUGCAUAGACGAGGCAGCUGAGGGCUUUAGAGACAGGCUCCAAGGAAGUGUGACUGAUUUGUGGAAGAAAACUGAGGACGUCGUUCAGCAGAUAAGCAAUGACAAGAUUAAAUUUGCGUUGUUAGAAGUAGAAAUAGAAAAUCAAAAGAAGAGUGUUUUGUCUGAAUUCCAGAAAAUGAAACAAUUCCUAAAUGAGGAGAAGGAUGCAUUUCUAUCAUGUCUGCAAGAACUGGGGAUGGCCAAUUUAGAAGCCCUGAACAAGACCAUCAAUGAAUUAUUUCAUCAGAAUCAACAAAUACGGAAGAGGAUCACAGAGUUAGAGGAGGAGCGAGAGAAACCAGAUCUGGAUUUGCUCCAGGAUAUGAAAGGAGUGUUAAACAGGAAUGAAUCUGUGCUCCUAAAGGAAAUACAAACCUUCGGUAUACGCAUGGCUAUCUGGCCCAUCCCCAGGCUUAUGGAACAUAUUUUCAAUUUGAAAGUGGACAUCACUCUGGAUUGCAACACAGCUGAUCCAGGUCUCAUCAUAUCUGAGGAUCUGAAGAGUGUGAGAUAUGGAGGUGUCCAGGAGGAAGCACACAACAACAGUGGGAGGUUAAGAGAUUUUGCCCAAGUUCUUGGUACUCAAUCCUUCAUUUCAGGGAGAUAUUACUGGGAGGUAGAGGUGCCAAAUAACACGAUGUGGUGUGUUGGCAUCUGCCCCAAAUCAAAAGAGUCUCGAGAUUUCUUUGUGCUGAGGACUGUACAGUCACCUAAUUCCUGCUAUCUUUAUGUCAUGGCCCAGCACAAUCUUUAUUCCAAGGUCCAUACAAAAUACCGCCAGGUCGGUGUGUCAAACCUAAAGGUGGGCAUUUUCCUUGACUGUGAACGUGGAGAAGUAUCAUUUUAUCAUGUGAAAAGCAGAUAUCUAAUUUAUACUUUCCCUGCCACUUCAUUCUCAGGACCUCUUGUGCCAUUCUUCUGUCUUUCUAAGAAAGUCUUGACAGAUGAUUGCUCUCUCACAAUCUGCCCUUAA